AGAUAUGGUGAGUGAUGUCAUCAACAAGCGACAAAGUUCACAGCGCGGGGGAUUUGAAAACAAAAAUGUCUGAAAGGUCAGCAAUAACGUCAGCCGUUCGGAAUGUGUUGCAGCGCUGUGAUCCCACCCUUCCGGCGCCUUGUGACAAUGAGGAGGAGCUGGACCCUGCAGGAGAGAAAUUCCUCAUCCUCCAGGAUAAACGGCGUAUGCAGAAGGUUCUGUGGCGUCAGCUGUUUGUUCUGGACUCCAUGAUGUGUGAGCUGGAGAGUCUUCCACGUGCCCAACAACUGCUGACACAGCCCUGUCCAAUGCAGCCAGAGGAAAGAGCUCGAAGCCACUGGAAGGCUUUGAAGGCGGAAAGCAGAAUGACAGCAGAGAAUACGGAGGAGCUGGUUGACAGGUUGCAAGAAAAUAUCAUUGACAGACGACACAAAGUCACACAACUACUGCAACACCUGCAAGCUAAGAAGCAGCAGCGUGAGGAUUUACAGGCGAACGUGAACGAGGCACGCAAAGCACUGCAGGAGCGUGAUGGUCAGUUGACUCUGCUGAAGGCAGAGCUUGAUGCGGAGCUCAGGCCUUUGGAUGGCUGGGAGUGUUCCAGAAAGGCCUUGCAGUCGUGUUUGGCAGCCGUGCAGGAGGUGGCGCAUGUCAGCCUGCUGUCCUUCAACCAAUCGCAGGUAUCUCUCGAGCUGAGGCCACGCCCCCCAGCCAACCUGGCUUUCAAUGAGCCUGAUCCGUUGAAGCUGUCAAUCAUCUGGAGCCAGGAUAACCGCUUCACGCUUCGGGUUGAUCCGGCGAGCUUGACAAAGCAGCUACAGGAAGAUGUUUCAGGCCGCCCCGCCGAGCUCAGCGCCGCCCUGGUGGAGGUGGCAGAGAACUACAUUGGUCAGGCAGAUCUGCUGGCCGAGAUUCAGCAUCUGAGAUCCAGCUUUGCCAUUGACUGGUGUCCCGCUCAGCGUGUGCUUGUGUACCUCAAGUCGGCGUCCAUCUUAUGCCAUCUGGAGGUGCAGGAAGGCUACCCCAAGGCCGGAACCAUACGCCUGCGAGAUGUACGAAGAGAUGGACAACCUCUGAACACCGCCACUUUACAGCCUCAAAACCCUGAUGGCAGCCUCAGCGACUGGCUCAUAUUUCUUUGCACCAAUCCUCUCGUCUGAUGCUUUCAUCUCAUUUGUUAUAUUCAAAUAAAUAAAACAAGUGGCAACAGUUAA